CGCACUUUGAGCUCCGAGAAAAAACAACUUAAAAAACAAAACAAACCUUAAACGUUUGGAGAGCGCGCGUGUGUGCGCCACCAACUCAUACACACACCGCGAGUAAAGAGAGACGCACGCAUGCACAUGUGCGGAAAACUUUUGUUCUCCUUUGGUGGUAUGAAUACAGAAUGAAUGCGACAGAGGACAGCGGUUGCAAGCGGCGCUCGCCGGCCCCGAUCUCCAGCUUUACCAUCCAGUCCAUACUGGGCACCAGGUCCGAGGGCGCGAGAUCGGCUGUGAAGGAGGGCUCCAAUGGAGUGCAGCCGCGGAAACGCACGCUGUCCAUGUCGUCCGAGGAGGAGUGCAGCGGAGGGGAGGAUUCUGCUGAGUGUUUCUGCUCCGAGUCCGGGGGCAGCGACCCAUGCAGCCAGCACAAACCCAUUAACUUUUCCUGUCUGAACAGCCCAAAAGGAAUUGUUCUGGGGCAGGACAUAAAAGAGCGUCGACAGCACUUAACCGAGCCCCUCCAUCAGGAUUACAAGGAGGAGGAAGAGGAGCACGAGGACAGAGCGUGCGGCCAGAUGUCACCCGCCCCCGAGGACAGGCGAAGGGACCGAGCGGACAAGCAGGGCCACGCGGCCAAGAAGAAGACGCGCACGGUGUUCUCGCGCAGCCAGGUGUACCAGCUCGAGUCCACGUUCGACGUGAAGCGCUACCUGAGCAGCUCGGAGCGCGCGUGCCUCGCCUCGAGCCUGCAGCUCACCGAGACCCAGGUGAAGACCUGGUUCCAGAACCGCAGGAACAAGUGGAAGCGGCAGCUGUCGGCCGAGCUGGAAGCGGCCAACAUGGCGCAUGCGUCUGCGCAGACUCUGGUGGGGAUGCCCCUUGUUUUCAGAGACAGUUCCCUGCUGCGGGUUCCAGUUCCCAGGUCGAUCGCGUUCCCCACGCCCCUGUACUACCCCGGCAGCAGUCUCCCAGCACUGCCCCUCUACAAUCUUUACAACAAGAUUGACUACUGACUCCACGUUGAUUUCGGAAAUCAACCCAACACCGAAAAAACAGUUACACCUAAAAAAAGUACAUGCAUAACUUUGUCGAGCAU